CCCCCCCCCCCCAAUCUUCCCCAUUCUCCCACCAUAAUUAUACUCUCUCUCCCUUGAUGCUUCCCCAUGCACUUCCUACCCACUCUAAGACUUGCAGCAUGGAAGCUGACUACAAAAGCGGCAUGAAGCCAUCAGUAAAGCAAUCUCUUGACCACUGUGCAAUAAUCUAUGACUAAAUGAAGCUGACCAUGCAUGUAAGUGACCAUACACAGGCUCCAUCGUUUCGUGGUUUAUCCCGUGCACUAUACACAGGUAAAUUACAAAGAGUUUUUUAAUCUACCUACUCCGAAACAGUGACUAUACCCUCCUUAUACAUGUACACACACAAUGCUUGAUUGUGUCAUUAUCGUGACAAAACAGUCUAACUGUGCGCGAGGACAUUAUUAAAUAUCCAACACUGAAUGUAGGUACGUAUAUGUUAAUUUAAAACCUAUUAGUGGUGCUGGUUUUUUUUCAAAAACAAUUUGGCAACUAAUAACAAAAUCAUAAUUAAAUCGGGAUGCAUAACUUGACUAUAAUUAUAAGAAGCAAAAGUACAACAUGUAUUACGAUAUGUAUCUCACAAUGUGGUGCCUCAUUAAUUGCACAAUUAGUUUCUAACAGAGCGCUUCCAACAGCUGGACCCAUCAUCAUAUCAAAUGUCAGAGAAAAAUGCAGCACAGAUGGCCAUGCUAAUUAAUGACAGUGAUUAAUCUGAAGCGGCAUGAGGCCAUCAGUAAAGCAAUCUCUUGACCACUGUACAAUAUCUAUGACUAAAUGAAGUUGACCAUGCAUGUAAGUGAUCGUACACAGGCUCCAGAUCCGUGGUUUCGUGGUAUAUAUACACAUAGCUUCGGUCCCAGAUUUGUUUAAUAGAACCGCCUAGCUAGAAACAACUCGGCUGGGAACGAGGCUAAUACACACAAAGAGUUUUACUACUAUUGAAUCUACCCACUUCGAAACAGUGAAUAUCAGGCCCUCCUUACACGUACACAGACAAUGCUUGAUUGUGACAUUAAUUUUAUCGUGACAAAACAGUCCUGCGCGAGGACAUUAUUAAAUAUCCACAACACUUGAAUGCAGGUAUAUGUAAAAAAAGCCUAUUGGUUUUUUUCAACAAAAUUUGGCAACUACCGGGUAUAACAUAAUCAUUAAAUCAGGAGGCAUAACUUGACUAUAAUAAUAAGGCAAAUAUAACAUGUAUUAAUGAUAUAUCUAGUAAUCGUAUCUCCAAUGUGGUGCCUCAUUGCACACAAUAUUAGCUUCUAACAGAAUGAUUCCGACAGCUGGGCCCAUGCAUUAUCAUCUCAAAUGUCAGAGUUAGCACAGAUGGCCAUGCUAAUUGAUUAAACUGGUACCUUAAGUGCAUCGGAUGCCUAUCCCUUAAGUGCAUUGGAUGCCACAUCCAAUGCAUGGAUGUACUUAAGGGAGUAAAGCACCAGUGCCAAAAUCACUAUAAGACACAUUGUUAGAGCAUAAUUGACUAAUAGAAAAUUAAGGUAGUGAAACAGAACAUCCAUGAAACAAUAUGCUGUCUGGAAAUAUUAUUAGCUGGUUAGUGCUACUAAUGACCCUAGCUACUGUUUCCAGCAGCGAGCACUAUCACAUUGUGCCGGUGGAUUCAAUCGACUUGUGUCAUGACUAUCGAAAUGGAACUUGUUUCACUCUUGAGCAGCUUGUUAAAACUGACGUGUUAUCUGGAGAAAACCUCACCUUGAGCUUUUUACCUGGAGAUCAUGUGUUAACUGAGCCAUUUUUGAUUCGGAACUUCUCACACGUGCAUAUCACUGGCCAAAAUACAAGUACACCUGUAGUCAGACUUUAUGAAAAUUGUGUGAUACGUUUUGUUAAUAUCACCGAAUUGAGUUUUGAGUACUUGGGUUUUGUCGGAGCGAAUGUUGCACCACCAAACGUUAAUCAAAGUUUGAUCAUCAUUGACAGUGUCCAUAAUGUGUACAUCAAGGACUGCUAUUUUACGGACUUCAAGUUACUCGAUCAAGCGGAAAUUUACCUAAUUAAAAUGGCGAAUACUCAAACUGCAACAAUUGAGAGCACUUGCUUUAGGAAGAUUACUGGUCCGACACUGCACAUUGAGACUAAUUAUGUGAACAUAACACAUGGUGUAUUCACUAGAAAUGAUGGCUGUAAAGUUUACAUUCAAUCAAACAACACUCUGAUCAACAACACAGAGUUCAACAACAACAAUGCUAUGAACGGAGGAGCAGUGGAAGUGAUCUCAGGUACUGUAGUGAUCACUCGGUGUAACUUCACAAACAACAAGUUUGGUGGAGCGAUUCAUAUUGGCUCAGGCAGUAACGUAUCCAUCUCCAAGUGUAAGCUGAUAAACAACGAAGCUAAAGGGUGAAAUGGAGGAGCUAUUUAUCUUGACAAAGGCAGUAAUAUUUCCAUCUCCAACUGUAAGCUCAUAAACAACAAAGCUAAAGAUGGUGGAGCGAUUUAUGUUGACAAAGGCAGUAUGUCUAUCACCGACUCUGAGCUGACAAGCAACAAAGCUAAGGGCCGGGAGGGGUGGAGCAAUUUGUGUUAGGUCAAGCAGUGUGUCCAUCUUAAACUGUGAGCUGUCAAACAACAUAGGUAACUACGGUGGAGCUAUUAGUUUUAUCAUAGGCAUUAGGAUGUCAAUCUUCAACAGCACGUUGACAAACAACAAAGCUCAAUUUUGUGGGGCAAUUAACGUUAAUUCAGGCAGUGUGUCUAUUAUCUCUAACAGCACGAUAACAAACUGCAGAGCUAAACAUACUGGUGGAGCAAUUUGUAUUCACUCAUGUAAUGUAUCCAUCUUUGACAGUACGCUAACAAACAACAGAGUUGUCAAGAGUGGUGGAUCAAUUGACGUUUUUGAAUCAUCCACCUUGAUCCUCAAUAACACUAACAUUACUAGAUCUAAAAGCGUGGUCAUUUUGAACAUUAAGCAGUCAAAUGUGAGAUUCACAGGAAAAAACAUUAUCAGCAAUAACAAUGGCCCUGUCUAUGCUUUUGACAGUCGAGUUGAGUUUAAUGGACCUACAAGAUUUAGUAACAAUCAUGGCGGUUUGUUUGGUGGAGCUAUCAAAGCUGUCCAGAGUGAAAUGGUUAUUAACACAGAAGGGGUAAUCAUCACCAACAACACGGCUGCCUCUGGAGGAGGGAUAUUUCUGCAAGAAAGUACACUUUUCGUAAAUGAGCCAGUAAAGAUUACUUACAACACAGCAAAGGAUGGUGGAGGAAUUUAUGCUUAUUCAAGCAGAAUCGUAUUUCAAUCUGCGUUACUUUGUGAUGGUAGAUCUAGAUCUAUUAAUAAACAAAGUGACAUUUUUCAAAACAAUGCUGAGAAUGGUGGAGGUAUUCAUGCAGUAGCUACAACCAUUAAACUAACUCAAUCGUACGUCAACGUUGACUCAAACACAGCAACCGCUAAAGGAGGUGGAGUAUACCUAGAGCAAAGUUCGAAACUGUACCUUUUUAAAAAACUCCAAACAAAGAAACUGUUUUGUGUAAAGUUAAUGAUUAACACAACUCAGCUCGGCAUGGAGGGGGAUUAUUUGUAGCAGAUGACACGCAGAGGAGUGCGUGUGGAGGGGCCACAGAAAAUAAUGCUGGAUCUACUCGAACCAUUGCUGCUGAAUGCUUCAUUCAAACGAUUAAACUGUAUACAUACGGUUCAGGAGAUUAUUGCAAAAAGUAUUUCAAUACGUUCAUGGCUAACAACACAGCUACUCAUUCAGGAGCACAGAUCUAUGGAGGUCUGUUGGACAGGUGUACAGCAAGUCAGAGUGUUGAAUAUUUUUCAAAUGGAUUAGACUAUAUUAAUAAAACAGUAAAAUUCUCCACUGAACCACUAUCGAUCUCUUCUAUUCCUGUACAAUUAAAAUUUUGUAACUAUUCACGGAGUGACUCUACAAAAAAAGGACACACGUUUAAAAUCAGUGUUAUGGCUGUUGACCAAGUUGGAAAUCCAAUCAAUGCCACAAUUCACAGUUCUGUUAUCACUGAGAGUGGAGUUGGUCGUCUUAAAGAAGGGCAGACAGAACUAAAAAUUGGCAACCACUGCACAGAAUUAGAGUACAAUGUAUUUUCACAAGACAGCUCUGCUCAAUUGGAGCUCUAUGCUGCUGAUGGUCCAUGUAUAAAUUUGGGAAUUUCAAGACAUAUUAUCAAUAUUUCCUUUUUAGACUGCACAUGCCCUAUUGGACUCACACCAAUUCUGUCCCCAACUGUUUGUAGGUGUGACUGUGAUCCAGUCUUGCAACAAUAUCAGAUAACAAACUGUUCUGAGGAAAAUGGUACCAUAAAGCUUGAAAGUAAUACGAACAAAUGGAUAGAAUAUAUAAACAUCACCAACGAAACAGGGUAUGUUAUUAGCAACUGUGCAUUUGACUACUGCACAGAAAAACCAGUCAACGUCAGUCUAAGCAACCCUGACGAACAGUGUGCCCACAAUCGAAGUGGUGUCUUGUGUGGAGAAUGUGAACCAGGACUAAGCCUUGUAUUGGCUACGUCACGAUGUGAACAAUGCUCUAAUAGUUACCUUCUUCUGCUAAUACCAUUUGCACUGGCUGGCAUAUUGCUAGUUGCUUUAAUUUUAAUUCUCAACAUUACUGUAGCAACCGGAAAGAUUCAUAGUCUUGUUUUUUACGCCAACAUGCUAGCAGCUAAUAGAGCGAUUGCCGUACCUAGUUUAAAUAACUUUUUAACCGUUUUUGUAUCAUGGGUGAAUCUUGACUUGGGAAUCGAGACAUGCUUCUACGAUGGAAUGAAGUCUCAAGCAAAAGUACUCCUUCAGCUUGCGUUUCCCACUUACUUGUUUCUUUUAAUGUUUUUUAUUAUCAUUUUGAGCAAGUAUUUCAACUCAUUUGCAAAGUUCCUCUCCAACAGGAACCCAGUUGCUGCCUUAGGCACACUUAUUCUCCUCUCGUAUUCCAAACUGUUACGGUUUAUCAUUGCUGCACUGCAACACAGGGUCUUGGAAUAUCCAAAUAGUUCAACUGAUACAGUUUGGUUGUACGACGGCACUGUGCAAUAUUUCAGUCACGAUCACAUCCCUCGGUUUGUAGCAGCUGCCAUAAUCCUCACUGCUUGUGGAUUGUUUACUGUACUUCUUUUUUUGGGCAAUGGUUUCCACGUUGUUCCAAAGUAGCGAAAUGGACCAAAAACACAAAGUACAUUGGUUUCAUGGAUGCAUACCAUGCUCCAUUCACUCCCAAGCAUCGCUACUGGGUGGGAUUGCUCCUCUUUGCUCUUAUUGCUCAUAAUCUAGUAGCUGCUAUGGCUGCAGACAUGUUUCUCCCUGUUCUAUAUUCAGGGGUUGUAUCAGUUGGACUUAUUUGCUGGAAAUUACUGAAUAAUCAUUUGUAUAAAAGUAUGUUCUGUGAUUCCCUUGAAACUAUCUAUCUACUCAAUGUUGCAAUUUUAACAUUUGGUACCUUCUAUGUUAAAGAUACAAAAACAGACCAAUCAGCACUAACGAACACUUCGAUGGCUAUAUCAUUCACCCUAUUUGUGAUAACAUUCUGCUACCAUUUUUAUCAUUUUGUACUCAAGAAAAGCAAUACAUGCCUGAAACUAGAGGACAUCAUAAAGAACCUAGGAUUUGGUGUUACAAACAGGAGAUUUCGACAAGCAAACAAUGACUGGGAAAGGUAUCGGCUAUUAAGCAAUGAAAGCAAUGACAGUGAACUUCUUGAAGUAGUAGACGACUAUGACCGAACAGACUCGAUGGACCCACUUUACACUGAUGGAGCAGUGGAAGAAACCGACCCUGAUCGUUAUAAUACUCCUCCCAUCAUCAGACCAGCCACGAGGCCGGAUCAGCUGAGACUAUCCUACAUGGAUGAAUUAGCCCCCCUCACCACAGAGGACUACAGACAAGCCCCUCCCCCUCCAAGAGUUAACCGUCGUCCCAUUGUUACACACACAGAAAUUGGCUCUAAGAACAAUGAAAUGUGAUCUGCCUCUAUAGCUAGCUGUAGUAUAUUAUACCACUUUAAUAAAUUCUUGUAGGCAAUGCAUUCUUUAGAACUCUAGCCUAAUAACUGCUGUUUGCAAUUUUAUUGUUAGCCUGAAAGAUAGACAUUUAUAUGACUGUGCUGUGAUAUGUCCUUUGUACCGAAUAGUUUGUUAUGAUGAUGCGUACUACUUUAAUUGCUAUAUGCAUGCAUGAGACCAAUUACAACACAACAUUUAUACGAAAAUGAAGUGAAAAUUGUAAAAACCACAAGCUAAAAUGCACACACACACACACACACACCUUAUGAAUAAUAGAUCUAUCGCAAGUAUUAUUAUAGCACGGAAGGAAACUUUAGUUGCAUCUUGCACAUGCACAUGCUGUAUGGUACUCAAGUUAACUUUUAGUAGUAGAUCAAAUACAUGUUGUUAUGGUUUUGCAGUGAGCAGUUUAACAGUCCACACACUAUACACAACAAUUUAAUGAAUAAGAUGCGCAUGUGAUUUUUAAUGACUACGGAGGGAACACGAUAGAGCAUGCAUAAUACCAAAAUACCAGCAUAAUUAUAAUGUACGUACCUUCCUGCAUUUGUAUAGGGUUCUAUGGUAUCUAUGUGGUUGAUAACUUUCCUACAUGACAUACAACACCAGUGAAGGUGUACCUCACUUUAGAAUCACAAACAAAACCAUAUUACAGGGACAAAUGUACCUCAGUACUUUGGUGGCGUAGGUUAAACCCCCACUGACACUUG